GAGAUAUUUGUUGCAUCUCAGCUUUCGUGGGCUAACAUGCCUUCGUGGGCUAAGGAAGCGUUGCCCUCAACAGGGGAGAGGUGUUACAACUCCCAUCAUCCCUCGGGGAACCGAGGUUGGGACAGGCUGAGUUCUAAGUUACUGGAGGGGAACCUGUGUGGCUUUUUAAAUUUAGCGUUCCAACUCGUCAGCUGGCACACUGAAUGGCUGUGGAUGAUGGGAGUUGCAGUUCAGCAACAUUGAGGGGGGGGGCUGCUCUUGCAGCAACAGGAAUAGUAAUAAUUGAUGGUGGUGAUAAUGAUAAUGACAACAACAACAACAAAUGAGCCUAUAAGAACCCCUAAGGGUAGGGUAUAAAGGCUGCAAAGAAACAUCUUUUAUGACCCAGGCUUCUCUCCCCUUUCCUGUAGACAUCCAAUGAUGUCAGAUUUUCUGUGUCAGAUGACAGCACUUCUAAACAUUCCCUUUCUCUGAGCUCUCUGAUGUUGGAAUAGUUUUAAUGUGGAAGCUGUAGCAUGUUUACCUGGUUCUGCGUUCCGUGAUUAGGGGGCAAAAGCUAACUGAAAGCUAGUAAAGCAAGAUGUUUGAAGUUGUAGAUAUUCAGCCAGAUUGCCUCGGGCUUUAUUGUGGAAGAACAGCAGAAUUUAUAAAUGGGACUGAAAUCCAUGGCGAUUGUGGGGUGUGUCCAAGAGGGCAAAGGACAGAUGCUCACAAAAUCUGUCGGCCAUGUAUGGGAUCUCCAGAACGCUACGAUUGGCUUUACCUUGGUUUUAUGGCAAUGCUUCCUCUAAUUUUGCAUUGGUUCUUCAUUGAAUGGUAUUCAGGGAAAAAGAGCUCCAGUGCUCUGUUCCAGCACAUCACUGCUUUAAUUGAAUGCAGCGUGGCAGCCAUCGUUACUCUGCUUGUGAGCGACCCCCUGGGCUCCCUGCAUAUCCGCUCCUGCAAGGUGGUGAUGCUUUCUGACUGGUACACCAUGCUCUACAACCCGAGUCCUGAUUACAUUACCACUAUUCAUUGUACCCACGAAGCAGUCUACCCUCUCUACACCAUUGUAUUUAUAUACUAUGCCUUUUGUUUGGUGUUGAUGAUGAUGCUUCGACCCCUUUUGGUGAAGAAGAUUGCUUGUGGGCUAGGGAAGUCUGAUCGAUUUAAGAGCAUUUAUGCAGCUCUCUACUUCUUCCCGAUCCUAACUGUGCUUCAAGCGGUUGGAGGCGGCUUGCUCUACUAUGCUUUCCCUUACAUCAUCAUAGUGUUAUCUCUCGUCACCCUGGUUGUGUAUCUGUCAGCUUCCGAAGUAGAUACUUUCAAGGACCUCCUUGUCAGGAAGAAAAGGCUCAUUGUUCUAUUCAGCCACUGGCUCCUGCACGCCUACGGGAUCAUCUCCAUCUCAAAGCUGAACAACGUCUACCAAGACUUGCCCCUUCUGGCUUUGGUGCCGGCACCUGCUCUCUUUUACUUGCUUACUGCAAAGUACACGGAUCCUUCCCGGAUACUCUCUGAUGGAGCAAAUGGACGUUGAGCCAAUAAUCCAGCGUUGUAGGCUGGUGUUCUCUGGGGCCCACCCACCCUUCCCCUCUUAUAGGAAGCUGCCAGUUCUCUUAUCAGCCAGCUUUCAGGUAAAGUUUCUUUUCUCAUUAAGAUCAAGGCUUAGCGCCCCCCCCCCCACAUCAGCUAGAUUCUAUCCUCCUAAGCAACGUUUGUUCGCACCUGUGCACGUAAUGCCUUAGAAGUGUUCCAUCAGCCACAGGAGCCAGAGUCCCCGUCGCUGUUCAUUGUGAAGGGUCAAGGCCUGGCCCCUGUAAACAUGUUUGUUAUUUUCCCAUGAUGUGCGAACUUGAAACAUUUUGUACAGCGUAUCUGGAAACAGUGUAACUUUUAUUUCUGAGUGCAGUAUUUCAUCACGUCUUGGAAGAAUGGUAUGUAGAAGAAUAAAGCUCAGUGUUCCGACUUCA